AUGCGAAACGCCCCCUCUGUUCUGGGCCUUGCCCUGCUGCCCAUAUGCUGCACUGCCGGCUUUGCAACCGACUGUGCUGCGCUAGCCACCCUUCUUCCAGGAAAGGUCUUUUUCACCAACAGCACCGUUUACAAUAGCUCCGUCGAGUCCUACUACUUUGUGGAAGAACGUCUGAACCCAACAUGCAUCGUCCGUCCCGCCUCCGCGUCGGACGUGGUGACAGUUGUCAACCACAUCGCCGCCUCUCCGUCCGCACUGCUCUCCGUAAAAGGGGGCGGCCAUUCGCCAAAUAUCGGCGCCGCCAAUGCGAAUGUGGGAGUUACGCUUGAUAUGCGAACGCUCAAUGCUGUACAGGUGCAUAAUGGUGGAUCCAUCACAUCUGUCGGUGCGGGUGCACUAUGGCAGGAGGUGUACCAGGUCCUGGACACGUACGGACUCGCUGCUGUGGGAGGACGAGUGGCAACGGUGGGUGUGGGAGGGCUGACUACCGGAGGUACGUGUAUCUUAGUUUUAGAUUGCUUCGUCAAGCAAAUCCUGAGCAUCUUGAUAACAGGUGGUCUUUCUACUUUCUCGCCCGAGCAUGGCUUUGCCUGCGACAAUGUGGUCAACACGGAAGUUGUGCUAGCAUCCGGCGCCAUUGUCAAUGCGAAUGAGACCAGCCACGCCGAUCUUUUUGCCGCGCUGAAAGGAGGACAGAACAAUUUUGGCAUCGUGACCCGCUUCGAUAUUCGUUCCUUCCAGCAACCAGAUUACUGGGGCGGUGGAGUUGAAUACCCAGACGAUUGCGAUGAGGCCCAAAUUUUGGCUUUCGCCAAGUUUAAAUAUCCGGAAAACUUCGACCCUUAUGCGGAACUCGAGCAGAGCUUCCUCUAUACCGCGGCGGAGAACUUGAGGACCAGCUCUAAUAAUAUGUUCUAUACCAAGCCUAUAGUCAAUGCUAGUGCGCUAGCCGAGUUCACGACCAUUAAACCGCAAUUAUCGAACACAAUGCGCAUCUCAAAUACGACUGAUUUCGCUAAGGAGCUGGCUGAGUAUCAACCAGUUGAUCAACUGGCCGUUUAUGCAACAACUACCUUCAAAGUCUCGCUCCCAGCGCUCCGGUCCAUCCUCGUGGCCUGGAACACGUCCGUCCACGCGCUCUCUCACGUCGAAUCCCUACUAGCCGUCCUCACCUUCCAGGCCAUUCCCCCCGUUCCGCCCACCUCGGCACCACAGAACAGCUUCGGCUUCGCACCCAAUAGCCACCCCGAGCGCGAUCUCGUUCUCUGCCUCUUGUCAAAUUACUGGUCCGACACGUCCGCAUCCGCGGAGGUCCAGGCUGCUACCAAAGUACUGCUGAGGGAGAUAGAGGCGAUUACAGAGAAAGAAGGUGUCAACGUUCGAUACAGGUACAUGAACUAUGCCGCGAAGUGGCAGGAUCCGAUUGUGAGCUAUGGAGCGGCGCAAGUAGCAAAAUUGCGAGAGGUGGCUGCGAAAUAUGAUCCGUUUGGCUUCUUCCAGACGAAGGUUCGGGGGGGGUUCAAGCUGUCCAAGGGUUGACUUGGUGUGCUUGGUUGGAUAUUGUUAGCAGAGCAUGAUCAUAAUAAAGACAGACAUUUAUUUUCAACAGCCGCUCAUCGAAUUUCCCGUCGGAUGAUCGGCGCUGUCAUGGUUCGGGGUGGUUGACUAUAUAUCCUCGUCGUCAACAUUCCUCCAUAGCAAGUUGUAGAGAACUUCAUAAUUAGGGAUGGGGGGGUGUU